AUGUCUACGAUCCAGGCCGCUAUGGCACAGCUUUUACCUGCCGAACGGCAAGCUCGUGAAGGUGGAGCGUUGUUAUCGCUCAACGCCUCUAUCAGACGAACCCUUCUCAUUAUCGAACCGGAGUGUCAGCUAGCUCGUCAACUACGCAGGAUUCAGACAGAGAUCCGCCGUUAUAUCCUUGUUACUCUCGUUGAAGAGGAAACAGCAGAUACAGCUCAAGGAUCAAAUCAACAUGAAACGUUCCUUGGGGAUAUCUUGCCUCAUCCCGACACCAUUCUUCCAAGCAUCAAGCAAGAACUACGCUAUGACCCUGUCAUACUAUCCUCGCCUGCAGUUGGUGGUACACCUGGCGAGACGCCUGAACGGAAAAGACGUCCAACUGCAGUAAUCAUGAAUGAGUCAGACGAUGCAAAUGACAAAUCUCCAAUAGCAAGGAAGCGAGCGGCUGACAACGAAUUCGACUCGGUCGCUAAGCGCCCCAAGGACAUGGCUCAGUCUAAUGACGAGAGGCCUCUUCGCUGCAAUGUGAUGCUGUUAUGGGGGAUUAAACGUGGCGGGAAUGGUGUCCAAAGUCAGCCGUUUCCAUGA